AUGAAACAAACAGAUGGCAUGAGCAAAGCAGACAAGAUCAAGGUUACUCGAGAGCGCAUGCUCAACAAGCGGAGACGGGCCGAGAUGUACAGUCUGUGGUGUGAUGCUCUCUACAAGCUUUCCAUCGCCAAUCAUUUCAGGGACAAGGUGUUCUGGUUUCCACACAACAUGGACUUCAGAGGAAGGGUCUACCCAUGUCCACCUCAUUUUAAUCAUCUUGGCAGCGAUGUUGUGCGAGGCAUUCUGCUCUUUGCUAGAGGUGAACCCCUUGGCGAAAAGGGCUUGGACUGGCUGAAAAUCCACCUCGUCAACUUGACUGGCCUCAAGAAAAGGGAGCCUGUGUCUGAGAGACUGAAGUUUGCAAAUGAAAUAAUGCCUGAAAUUCUUGACUCGGCUGACAACCCCAUGACGGGUCGGCGGUGGUGGACCAAGUCAGAGGAGCCUUGGCAGACGUUGGCCUGCUGCAAAGAAGUGGCGGCCGCCAUGCGGUCGCCAGAUCCGACGCGUCACAUCUGCUACCUGCCAGUGCACCAGGAUGGCUCCUGCAAUGGCCUGCAGCACUACGCAGCCCUGGGCAGGGACGCCCAAGGUGCUGCACAGGUCAACCUGGAGCCUGAUGAGAGACCACAGGACGUGUACAGCGGUGUGGCAGCAUUGGUUGAGCGAGAGAGAAAGAAAGAUGCAGCCAAUGGCCUGCCCAUUGCCAAGGUGCUUGAAGGACACAUCAAGAGGAAGGUGGUGAAACAGACAGUGAUGACGGUGGUGUACGGUGUGACGCGCUUCGGCGCCCACCUCCAGAUACUGAAGCAGCUCAAGGACUUGGAUGACUUCCCCCAGGAGCACUGUUGGGCAGCUGGCCACUACCUCGUCCAGAAGACCUUCCUGUCCCUCCAGGAGAUGUUCACUGCCACACGCGAGAUACAGGACUGGUUUACAACAUGCGCCAAGUUGAUUUCAUACGUGUGCUGUCAGCCUGUCUCGUGGGUGACUCCGCUGGGACUUCCCGUCAUCCAGCCAUACCACAAGCCUACUUCAGUGAAGAGCCCAAUCUCUUAUGGUGACAGAAUAAGCCCCGAGUUUCGAUCUAUCUUCGAAAUGCACCAGAAGCCAAAUGUGAUGAAGCAAAAGAAUGGCUUUCCUCCUAACUUUAUCCAUUCGCUCGAUUCAAGCCAUAUGAUGCUGACAGCCAUUUUCUGCCAAAAGGCAGGAAUUCAAUUUAUGUCCGUCCAUGACUGCUACUGGACUCAUCCAAACACGGUGGACAUCAUGAACAAGUUGUGCAGGGAGCAGUUUGUGGCCUUACACAAUGAGCCCAUCCUCGAGGAUUUGUCGAAGCACUUUGUGCGCACGUUCGGCUACAAAGAGAGGGAGAUUGCCGGAAUCAGCAAAGCGGCAGAAUUGGCAGUGCGGAAGCUCAACAAGGUGAUCACGCAGAUUCCCGAGAAAGGUUCCUUCAAGUUGGAAAACGUGUUGGACUCUGUGUACUUCUUCAGUUAAUGCACAGUGCUGCGCCUAUGUUGGACAAUAUGUCAAAAUGCAAGGCAAAUACAUGCGCUCAGCCUUGUUCUUAUGUACAUAAUUUAUGUAAGUAGCCUGUAAAUUAAAAAAAGAAAAUAUUGUUAUAUUUGUUAAAUAAAUGUGCUUACAUUGUUA